AAUCAGUUCCACAAUCCAUCUCCAUUGUAAGCUUUCUCUUGUCACCGGCUGAGCAAGGAGAGGCAAGAGACCGGGAGCAACAGCUGCGAGAUGGCCGCGGCGGAGACCUCGGGCACGGCGAUAGGGACCUCGGGGAGAUGGGCACUGCACGGCAAGACAGCCCUCGUCACCGGCGGCACCCGCGGCAUCGGGCGUGCGGUAGUUGAGGAGCUGGCUGCGCUGGGGGCGGCCGUGCACACAUGCUCCCGAAAGGCGGAGGAGCUCGGCGAGCGCAUCAAGGAGUGGGAGGCCAGGGGAUUCCGCGUUACGGGCUCCGUUUGCGACCUCUCCGAGAGGGACCAGCGGGAGCGGCUGCUCCGCGAGGUCGGCAACCGCUUCGGCGGCAAGCUCAACAUCCUCGUAAACAAUGUAGGAACAAACAUAAGGAAACCAACUACUGAAUUUACUGCAGAGGAAUACUCGUUUGUGAUGGCUACUAAUCUUGAAUCUGCAUAUCACUUGUGCCAAAUUGCACAUCCUCUUUUGAAAUUAUCUGGGUCAGGCAGCAUUAUAUUCAUAUCAUCUGUUUGUGGAAUGGUGGGUGUCUUUAGUGGAACUAUAUAUGCUAUGACUAAAGGUGCCAUUAACCAGCUAACCAAGAACAUAGCAUGUGAAUGGGCAAAGGACAACAUAAGAGCCAACUCUGUUGCUCCGUGGUACAUCACCACUUCACUUACGGAAAGACUUUUGGCAAAUAAGGAUUUCGAGGAACAAGUUGUGAGUCGAACUCCACUUGGACGUGUUGGAGAACCUGAAGAAAUAUCGGCACUUGUUGCUUUUCUUUGCAUGCCAGGUUCCACUUAUAUUACCGGCCAGACGAUUGCCGUUGAUGGAGAAAAAGUACGGUUGAUUGUGGCUUAUAAGUUAAAGCGAUUCUUGGAAGUUGGGGGAAAAAAGGCUAAUAAGAUGUACGUAAAGGUGAGCUUAUGUUGGAUAUUGUUCAUUACAUGUUUACGUAAUUCUGUCAGAGCCAUGUGAAGAAUGUUGAGUUUAGAUCUGACCAGUGUUCUGCAAUUCAAUUCUGCAAUGACGCCAGCUUGUUUUGACAGUUAA